AUGGGAAGACAUCUGUCCAUCCAAGAAGAGGGAAGGAUGAAAAGCUCUGGGAGUUGAACCUUCUGCAUUAGAAGUCCCAAGAGUUAGCACUGUUGUAAAAGUGUACACACUACAUCCUCCGGGAUUACCAUUCCAAAACCACCAAAACCUCCAGAUAAACCCCUGAUGCCUUACAUGAGAUAUAGCAGGAAGGUUUGGGACCAAGUGAAGGCUUCCAACCCUGAUCUGAAACUAUGGGAGAUUGGAAAAAUUAUCGGUGGUAUGUGGCGCGACCUCACAGAUGAGGAGAAGCAGGAGUACUUAAAUGAAUAUGAAGCAGAAAAGAUUGAAUACAACGAGUCUAUGAAGGCAUACCAUAACUCACCAGCUUAUCUUGCCUACGUCAAUGCAAAAAAUCGAGCUGAAGCUGCUUUGGAAGAGGAAUCUCGUCAGCGUCAGUCUCGCAUGGAAAAGGGGGAACCGUAUAUGAGCAUCCAACCAGCAGAGGACCCUGAUGAUUUUGAUGAUGGGUUUUCUAUGAAGCAUACAGCUACUGCUCGUUUCCAGAGAAACCAUAGGCUUAUCAGUGAAAUUCUGAGUGAGAGUGUGGUGCCAGAUGUCCGGUCUGUGGUCACAACAGGUAGAAUGCAGGUUCUUAAACGUCAGGUGCAGUCCUUAAUGGUUCACCAGAGAAAGCUGGAGGCAGAAUUGCUUCUGAUUGAAGAAAGACAUCAAGAGAAAAAAAGAAAAUUUCUAGAAAGUACAGAAGCCUUUAAUAAUGAACUAAAAAGGCUUUGCAGUUUAAAAGUAGAAGUGGAUAUGGAAAAAAUUGCAGCAGAAAUAGCUCAGGCAGAAGAGCAAGCUCGCAAGAGGCAGGAAGAACGAGAGAAGGAAGCUGCAGAGCAGGCUGACAACGCUCAGAAUGUUGUUUCCACAGAGGAUGAACAGCAUGUGGAUGUGCCUGAAGAAAAAAAGGAAGAUGGGCCCGCAUCCAUGGAUACAGGGCAGGAAUCUCAAACUCAUAGCCCUCAGGCUUCAAGUAGCCCUCCGGCCUCAAGUAGUCCUCAGACCAGCAUGAUUCUAGAUGAGCCACCUCCGGAGGAAGCUUCUGAAACACAACAUAAUGGAGAAGAGAGUACAUCCACACCAGAUGAUAAAGAGAGCAUGCAGGAAGGAGUAGACAGCAUGGCUGAAGAAGGUUCAAUUGACAGUAUUUCUGGAUCAGAGAGCAACAGUGCACCUGUAGACGAGCCCCCAACAGAGCCUGCUCCUGAAGAGGAGAAAAAAGAAUGACAUUUGUUCCAUUCCUGUUCAUAGCACUGUACUAGACUGAAAAUCCUUAAUGUGUACGUUAUGUUUUGAAAGGUCCCCGAUCAGAUGCCAGUUCUUGUAUCAAGAAGUGAAGUCCUUGAUUCACAGUUGUGCUGCUGUGGUGACAGUGCUGGGAUGAUAUCUGUUUCUCCACCACUGUUUACCAAAUAUGUUUGCAGUUAAGUUAAAGUUAUGGUGUGCAUCAACUUUCACAUGAAAGUGUGCAGUUAGUACUGUAUCCUAUAAGACAACUUGUUUUUAUUUAAAAUGCCUUAACGUUUAUGCACUGUUACAGCAUUAAAGGUUUAUUAAAUUUUGUAUGGUGUACCUGCUGAGAAGGGAAACAAGACAUGCUGAAGACAGUUGUAUAUACCCACAGAAAUGAGCUGAAAUGCCGAACAGGCAUUAGAUGGUAAAUGGUGGGUAAAUGUGUUUGGUAGAAUCAGUUAACAUAACACACAGAAUACACCAUACAGACAAAAGAUUGACUUUCAUGAAAGAUGUAGUCUGUGUUAUGCACUGCCAAAGUUGUCUUGUAAUCUGGGUGAAGAUCAGAAGUCAUUAAUAUGAUCAGAAAGUCAGUAGAAAUGCAGCAGAAGAUAUUUGCCACUAGCUAUAACAGAAUCUGUGUGAAGUUGCAGAUUCAGCUUGUCUUCAUAGGAGUACAAGUAAUGUGCGUUAGCUAGCUAUAACUUAACUUGAUCUGUAUUUUAUCCUGCAGUCAAGUACUUGGACAAGGAUGUGCAUAUGGGGGCCUGGAACUACUGAAAUCAGAUGUAAUCCUGUCAUGAGUUCUGCAACAAAAUGGACUUAGAAGAUGUUUUCCAUCAUUUUACUAAAAUGGUUCCAACUGAAAACCUGCUUUUAGCUGAUCUGGACAUAGGUAAUUUCCUAAAAGGGAGAUCAUUUCUCUCUAACUUAAAUGCUUUGAGUAAUGUUUUUAUUUUUUAAUUUGAUGACCAAAUAAACCUUGACUGCUGUAAACAUAUGUAUUAUUUUCACGUUUUAAAUUGUGAAUAUAUUUUUUUCUAUGAAUCCUGUAUUUCAGCUUCACAGUACUUAAAACCACUUAUUAUCUUGACCAGUAUAAUAUAAUCGCUGCCCUUGUCACCAGGGGAAAUUAGUUUGUAUACCGAACCCUGAAAAACUCUAGUGUUGAGUAUAUAAAUUGGAUCCCAUUGUAUAUUUUGAAGCAGUGCAUUCAUCAGAAUGCAUGAGGGCAUCAUUUUUGGAGCUCUGUACUAACUUAAAAUACUUUCAAGUGCUUUAUGGCAGUAAACUUAAAGAAACAAGGUGUUUACGCUGUACAGUAUGCAGAGUAAAGCCAAAGAACUUGGAACAAAUAGUAAUGUAAAAUGAAGGGUUUUAGUGCUUUAUUUCAAGACCUUUAAAUAAAUAAAAUUUGUGCUGAUCAUGGUUUUA